GUGACGUCACGACCGACCCGCGCAGCCUCCUGACUGUGUUUCGCUAAUGGCUAUGGCUACUCGUCGAGCUUUGCACUUCGUGUUCAAAGUGGGAAACCGCUUCCAGACGGCGCGUUUCUUUCGCGAUGUCCUGGGGAUGAAGAUUCUGCGGCAUGAGGAAUUUGAAGAAGGCUGCAAAGCUGCCUGUAAUGGGCCUUAUGAUGGGAAAUGGAGUAAAACAAUGGUGGGAUUUGGACCUGAAGAUGAUCAUUUUGUUGCAGAAUUGACUUAUAAUUAUGGCAUCGGACAUUACAAGCUUGGCAAUGAUUUCAUGGGUAUCACACUCAUUUCCAGCCAAGCUGUCUGCAAUGCCAGGAAGCUGGAGUGGCCUCUUAGUGAAGUUACAGAAGGUAUUUUUGAAACUGAGGCCCCAGGAGGAUAUAAGUUCUAUUUGCAGGAUCACAGUCCACCUGAGUCAGAUCCUGUAUUAAAAGUAACUCUAGCAGUGUCUGAUCUUCAGAAGUCCUUGAACUACUGGUCUAAUCUACUGGGAAUGAAAAUUUAUGAAAAAGAUGAAGAGAAGCAAAGGGUUUUGCUGGGCUAUGCUGAUAACCAAUGUAAGCUGGAGCUACAGGGUAUUAAGGGUACAGUUGAUCAUGCAGCAGCUUUUGGAAGAAUUGCCUUUUCUUGCCCCCAAAAAGAGUUACCAGACUUAGAAGACUUGAUGAAAAGGGAAAACCAGAAGAUUCUGACUCCCCUGGUGAGUCUGGAUACCCCAGGGAAAGCAACAGUACAAGUGAUCAUUCUGGCUGACCCUGAUGGACAUGAAAUUUGCUUUGUAGGGGAUGAAGCAUUUCGAGAACUUUCUAAGAUGGAUCCAGAGGGAAGCAGAUUGUUGGAUGAGGCAAUGGCGGCAGAUAAAAGUGACGAAUGGUUCACUAAACAAAAUAAAUCCAAGGCUUCGGGAUAACAGAAGACAUGAUGUGGAACAGCAUUUGUGAUUCCUGUGUAGCACCUGCAAGGCCUGAUGUAUCUGUGCAUGAUAAAUGUUCUCACAACUUGGUUGUUUCCUGUAUAGGCAAGGGGGGUGUGGUGGUAAAGAUCUGUGUGUUAUACUCUUUGAAAGCUCUAAGAUAAAUUUUAGAAAUAAAAUCCUAUUAUUAUCAGUCCA